AUGAGAAGCACAGCUAACAGCCAACAAACAAUAGAGAUGCACCAAGUGCUGGGUCUGCUGGGGAAGAUGCCAAAUGCUGUUUUCACCUUCAUUCGUCUUUCUGUGCUCUUACUUGGUUUCUCCACUGUUUGCCUGGGAGUUCUUUGUACUUCCACAAAUUCCUCCACAUGCAGGUGUGGAAAUAAUGAGCUGGUGUUUUACUGCAUAUUAGCUUUGGGGUUCUUUCUUCUUGUGACUGGCAUUUUCUGGAGCACUUUCCACGAAGUCUUGAAAUACAGGGCUCACAGCAGCAUCUUCACACAGAAUCCCAGGCAUGGAGAGCUACAUGUCAGCACCAUAGACAGGCCUGACUUCUAUCCCCCUUCUUACGAAGACAGCACAGAUCCUGAAAAACAGACCUUUCCACUGCCUGUUGCCUCCACACUAAAAGAGCAAGAAGUCAUCCAUAUCCCUCCACCUCUAUAUAGCAAAAGCAGCGCAGAGUUCAUCAGUGAAACUUAUGAGCAGGAACAGCCACCACCAUAUGAAUUAUCUGUGGAAGAGCUACAGCAGCAGCAAAGAUGUGACCAAGACUCAAGCCUCAAAGCAAAGUCACAUUUGCAUCCAUCCACACUAGAAAACAGAUACCAAUGGAAUACAGACUGUGAAGAGACAUCAGAAAGAGCAGCACCUGACAGAAAGUUUCAGACAGGCAGGGAGUAA